UAACAGUGAAGAUCUGGAAUUACCAUUAUUCAAGUUUGCAACUAUUAUGGCUGCAACCCAAGGUUUUUCUUGGGACAACUUGAUUGGAGAAGGAGGUUUUGGCCCUGUUUACAAGGGGAACUUGUCUGCUGGAGAAGAAAUUGCCGUCAAAAGAUUGUCAACAACUUCACAACAAGGCAUCAAAGAAUUCAAGAAUGAAGUAAUCCUGAUAGCCAAACUUCAGCACAGGAACCUCGUCAAACUUUUGGGAUGCUGCAUUGAAGGAGAGGAAAGAAUACUCAUCUAUGAAUACCUGCAGAAUAAAAGCCUCAACUACUUUGUUUUUGAUCAAAAUGGAAGGACAGUUUUGACAUGGCCAAAACGCUUUGACAUAAUCAUGGGAAUCGCAAGGGGACUGUUGUAUCUCCAUCAGGACUCCAGAUUAAAGAUUAUCCAUAGGGAUCUAAAGACGAGCAAUAUUCUAUUAGAUGGAGAUUUGAAUCCCAAAAUCUCAGACUUCGGGUUAGCAAGAAUUUUUGGAGAGGGACAAUCUGUUGCUACCACAAGAAGAGUUGUUGGGACAUAUGGCUAUAUGGCUCCAGAAUACGCUAUUGAUGGGAAGUAUUCGGUGAAAUCUGACACCUUUGCCUUGGGAGUCAUACUGUUAGAGAUUGUGAGUGGAAAGAAGAACAGAGGCUUCGACCACUGCGAUCACUCUCAUAACCUAUUGGGCCAUGCAUGGUUGUUGUGGAAGGAAAACAACAUUGUGGAGCUAAUGGAUGAAUGCUUGAGCGAUACAUUUAUCGAAUCUCAAGUGAAGAGAUGCAUACACAUGGGGUUAUUGUGUGUUCAAAAAUUUGCAGAAGAUAGGCCAGCCAUAUCAUCUGUGGUUUCCAUGUUAGGAAGUGAUGGAGCAAUAAUACAAGAACCUAAGGAACCUGGAUUUUUCAUCGAAAGGAGUCCGAGUCGGAAUUGCAGAACAAGUACAUGUCAAGAAACACUCACGAUCACUGAUUUGGAAGCUAGAUAAGUUGGUUUCACAUACUUUGAUCUCUUAGCUCCGCUAGAAAAAUAAAAUUGAAGAUAGUCAUCUAAUUAUUUCCAAUUGGACAAUUGUUGUGGAAAUGACAUUCAAAUCUCAUUCUCAUUUUGUUUCCCAUGAAUGUUUUUCAAUGGUCAAAUGAGCUUUUAAUUAAUUUAUUAUAAAAUUUGGUUUACCUAUUAUGUCCCUAUUUUUAUAUAUAUUUAAUUAAGGGCAGUAAUGUAUUUAUUAAUUAGAGGUAAUAUAUAGAACUAGCCUAUUUCCUAUUGUAAAUUUAAAAAAUAGCCUAUGAAAUAAAAAUUGGCCAUUUUUUGUAUAAAAGUAUAAAAUUAUCCCUUAUAUCAAACUUUAAAAAAUGGCCACUCUGUUCUCUCCCUUACAACAUCAUCUACCCAUCUCUCUCUUUGCGCCGGCUGCUCAUCCGAUCAGAACCGUUUCCUGCAUUCAUGCAUUCAUUCUUUCUUUAUUACUCCCCCCGUCCCAUAAAUAAUGGCAUGUUUUCCUUUUUGGGUUGUCCCAUAUAUAAUGGCCUAUUUCCUAUUUUAGAAAUAAUAAGAGUGUAAUUAGCUACACUAAUUGAUUCAAGAAAAAGGACAAAUUGUUAAUUAAAGCCAAAUCACUCCUAAACCCUAAACCAAAAAAAACGUCUCAACACUCUCUCUCUCCCUCUCCAUCCUCCCGCCGGGCACGUAUCACCUUUGCGCUUGCACCUUCGCCGCCCUCGUGUCGCCUCCGGCCUCAGCCCUCCCGCUAGUUUGCUCGCCUCCAGCCUCCCAUUUCCUCCACUGGUGUGCCGCCUCCGCGCUCCCACCUUCGCCGCCCUCGUGUCGCCUUCGAUCUCCUCCUUCCACCCUCCGGCGAAGGCGCGACGAAAGCAAGAGAUGACUGCUCGCCGGACUCAUAGCAGUAGCAGCAGCGAAGGCGAAGGCGCGGCAGCGCGGCUCAACUCUUCCGCGUCAUAGAAGCGGUGCCGCCUCUUUCUCUCUACUCUUCUCCAGAUUUGAAGCUUCUAUAGGGGAUUUUCCUUUUAGUUUUGCAACAUUGAGAUGUCUUUUCCAUAAUUUGAUUUUGGAAAUGAAGCUUUCCGAUAAUUUUUCAUGUGAAGAUAGGGAUCAAGUUUGAAUUUUGAUGAAGCUUUGUUCUGUAAAA